ACGAGUUUGAUCGUUGGAGGUCCGCAUCAAAAGCUGAAAAUAAAAGAUCAUGUCAGGAUUUCUCGAUGGAAUCCGGUGUGGGGACUGUGAGUGUAACGUGGAGUGGGGAGAGAGGAGGAACACCAUCGCAUCGAUAGCUGCUGGAGUUCUGUUCUUCACUGGCUGGUGGAUCAUCAUCGAUGCAGCGGUGAAAUAUCCCACAGAAGGAGAGUUCCAUCAUGCAUAUCACACCUGUGGAGUCAUUGCUACAGUGGCCUUUCUCAUGAUAAAUGCCGUGUCUAACGGACAAGUGAGAGGGGACAGCUACAGUGAAGGCUGCAUAGGACAGACAGGCGCUCGUGUGUGGCUCUUCAUUGGCUUCAUGCUGGCUUUUGGUUCCCUCAUUGCCUCCGUGUGGAUUCUUUUUGCCGGUUUUGUCGUUGCUCAGAAGGAUGUCGUGUACCCUGGUAUUGCCAUCUUUUUCCAGAACGCGUUCAUUUUCUUUGGGGGAUUGGUCUUCAAGUUUGGACGGACUGAGGAUCUGUGGCAGUAACAUAUCGCGGUGUGUCUUUUUGUCCGAGGUUAUAAACCCUGCUAUUUGUGUUCGUCAGACAGAUAAUGCUUUAGCGGUUAUUUGCUUGUUAUAUAGACUUUUAUAGCUUUGGAAUUAACAUUAAUUUAUAACGUUUGCUGUAUAAAGGCCAAGUUGCAUUGAAGCACA